AUGUUGUAAGACUAUAGUAGAGAGGCAAGACAGUGAAGAAAGAGAAAGAGAAAGAAAAUAAUGCAAGGAGACAAAUCAAAUGACAUUUACAGAGAAUGCUUAAGGAACCAUGCAGCCAGUCUUGGCAGUUAUGCCACUGAUGGCUGUGGAGAAUUCACCCUCGAUGACCACAACACUUCCCCCGGAGGCAGCUUCAGCUUAAACUGCGCUGCCUGCGGGUGUCACCGUAACUUCCACCGCAAGAUCACUUGCGGUGGUGCUAGUUACAGCAACAACAGCCGCGAUGAUAGAGAAGUCAUCAUCGCGGCUGACUACUGUCUGGCGACUCAAGAGUCGCCAGCGGUAUCAGAGAGGAGCGGAAAGAAGAGGUUUAGGACAAAGUUUACAACAGAUCAGAAGGAGAAAAUGCUUGCAUUUGCUGAGAAAUUGGGUUGGACACUACAAAGGAAAGAUGAAGAAAAUGAGACAGAAAGGUUUUGCAAAGAGGUAGGGGUUCAUUCAAGUGACAAUGUGGCUAAUUUAUUCACCAAAUCUUCUCCAAUUGCAACUUUCAAGAAGAUGGUGCACAAGAUCGGGAUACAAAUGUUCAAGGAUGUUCUCAUUAGGUAGAGUUAAUAUGCGCUGAACUCUUUUUCUCUUUCAAGGUUUUGUCCCAGCGGGUUUUCCUUGUAAGGUUUUUAAUGAUGCAGCCGAAAUACGUAUUGUUAUAGAUGUGUACUCUUUUUUCUUCAUUAGAUUUUUUUUUCACUGGGUUUUUUCUAAUAAGAUUUUAAAGAGGUACAUUAUCUAUCUAGAUAUUUAAGGGAGAGUGUUGAGUCUUUCUUUUAAUCAAAAACUAGAAGUAUUGUCCUCUAUAAAUAGAGGAGUUUUAUUCAUUGUAUUCUCAAUCAAAAAUCCCUCAAGAGAAAUAAGAAUUACUCUCUCUAUUCUCUCUA